GAAAAAGUGCAAUUUCUAAUUCAAGAAACUCGAAGAACGUUCUCUCUUCAUCAUCCCCUACCUUAUAUAUAUGAGCCCUUUAUCAGAUCUCAAAAAUCAGAUCAAAGCAACAAGAAAAAUCAAGAAUCAAAGUCUCGAGAAACAACAAUGUCUCUAGUUCCAAGCCUUUUCGGAGGACGCAGAUCAAACGCUUUUGAUCCGUUCUCGCUAGAUGCAUGGGAUCCAUUCGAAGGACUCUUAACGCCUUCCUCGGCUCGUGACAUGGCAGCAUUCACAAACGCAAGAGUGGACUGGAAGGAGACGCCGGAGGCACACGUGUUCAAAGCGGACUUGCCGGGGCUGAAGAAAGAAGAAGUGAAGGUCGAGGUUGAAGACAAGAACAUACUUCAGAUAAGCGGAGAGAGGAGCAAGGAGAACGAAGAGAAGAACGACAAGUGGCACCGUGUGGAGAGAUCAAGUGGGAAGUUUAUGAGGAGGUUUAAGUUGCCUGAGAAUGCGAAGAUGGAAGAAGUUAAGGCGACAAUGGAGAAUGGCGUGCUUACGGUUACGGUACCAAAGGCGCCUGAGAAGAAGCCUGAAGUCAAGUCUAUUGAUAUCUCAGGCUGAGUCACAAACGAUGAAGAUGAACAUUUGAGCAUUUGGUGUGUGGAAUAAAACGUGUGUUUGCUAUAAAAAGUUUGUGUGGUCUUUUGUUUUUUUCUUCUAAAUCAUGAAUAUUGUAAGACUAUUGUAAUGAAUAAACGAAUGUAAGACUGUUGUUUCUUUUAUAAGGAUACGUUAUUUCAAGCUAA